AUGCACAAAUAUCCAUCUCGUCAUGGUAACAGCUGGAAGGAUAAACUAGAUACCAUGAGCUGUGGUGUGAAAUACGUGUAUAGCGAUGAUUCUCCCUACGAUCUCGGCUGGUUACAGUAUACUACAACCAUUGGCAGAUUAUGGAAUAAUGGAAGUGGCUGUGCCGACAUCACAACGGGGUUAAGCGCUGCUGCUGGCAAUGCAGGUGCGGUAUCGGAUCCAACAACUGUCUUCCGGAAUUUUACCUGUAAAGAUGAUGAGAAGUACGCCAUCAUUUACGCAGUCGACCAAGAGCUGGGCAAAUUGUAUCCUUCGGUAAUAGGAGGCUUCAACUGUGUUGACAAGAGAGAUUGGGGAGAGUACGGACCGCCGAGAUAUUGGGAUCUAAACAUGAAGGACCGGCGAAGUGUAAUGCCUCUUGACAUGGGCCCCUACAUCUCAUCUGCGGGUACAGAUAAGCGACGUCCCAUCAGUAUCGCAGCUCACAGCUCUAGGUCAUCGAGAGGAACGCCCCCGAUCGCAACCGGCCCCGCUCCGCCUCGACUGGUCUCGCGAAAAGAUAUACCGUCUGACACGCAAACGUGCGCGAUCGCAAGCUGGAAUACUACCACAAGUAGUCAAACCAGCUCGUUCUUCAACUUCACGAUCGUGAUUGGCGUCGACUAUGCCAAAGGCAAAGGCUGCGACGACGUCAAGACGGCACUAGCCAGCUCUCUUGCCAACUCGUCGUCCUCAAUACCCAACAGCGGCUUCGCUUCCUGA